ACAGUCGGUGCAUUUCAUCUGUCCGUCGGCUCCUCCGGACUUGCCGUUUGCCGCUGCUGCCGCCGUCGUGCCGGUGACCCCCUGGUCUUGUGCCAGCCAAGCGUCUGGACGAAGGUUCUGGUGUGUCAGAUCAUCCAGCCGGGAAGGAUCUUGAAUAGCGCCCGAGUCGAGCAAGCCGACGAUGGCCUCCAGGUUCGACAGCAUCAUGAUGGCGCGGGAUUUGUAUACGUCUCGGAACUGCGGGUUGAUCCAGCUGCACACGCCCUUGUAGGUUGUGGUGGCAUAGCGAUAGAUGCUCUCUUCCAAGACCUCGGCGUGGUCGGGCGUCUUUGCCUGGAGGGUCUGCAGGGCGAUGCUACGCGGCGAGUCCAUCGGGUGCUAUUGCAUAUGCCGAGGAUGAAACCCUUACAGCGUUUUUUCUGACACACCCUUCGCAGCAGACCAAUGUCAAGUCAAAUCUGGAUCAUCAUGGCCGUUAUAGCGCUGUGUUGCGUCUGCUCGUCGCUCCUGACCACAGGCGGAGGAUUUGGACUCUACCAGUACAACAAGACCCACUCGACAACACCAUGGUCCUGCGUCUACGUCCCGACCAUCAAGAUGUAUACUGUUGCACGCAUCAACCAGAACAACGCCGAGUGCAUGUACAACACCGGUGGUAAUGGCUGUUACUACUUCCCAGUGAAUCCGGGUGCAGCCACCGGCGACGGUAGU